UGAGCGGGGAGCGAGCGUCAUCGUCACAGAGGGAGAGAAGGAGCAGACGAAGGAGAGAGGGAACGUACAGCAUCCACGGCUCAGAGGAAACACAAGCCCUCUCGCUCGCCUUCCACGCCACGGAGCCUUCCGGAACACAAGUACAGACGCCAGCACUUCCCCGCCGCACGCCCUCUCCCGAAAGCGGCCGCAGCCAUGAACUUCCUGCGCCGACGGCUGUCUGACAGCAGCUUCAUCGCCAACCUGCCCAACGGGUACAUGACGGACCUGCAGAGGCCUGACCCCCCGCCGCCCCCUCCCCCCGCGGCGGCUCCGACCGCGGCCGCCACCGGCCAGGCCCCGGCCCCGGCCCCCGCCCCGGCCCCCGCCUCGGCCCCCUCACCUUCCCCUGCUCCCGAGCGCAGGCCCCAGCCGGCCGCGUCCACCGGGACGGGCUUCUUCAGCUCCAUCACCAACGUGGUGAAGCAGACGGCCGCCUCCGCGGGGCUAGUGGAGCAGACCCCCGCCCCCACACCCAAGAAGUUCAAGAUCCUGCUGGUCAUCGACGAGCCGCAGCAGGACUGGGCCAAACUCUUCAGGGGGAAGAAGGUUCAAGGCGAUUUUGACAUCAAAGUGGAACAGGCUGAAUUUUCAGAGAUUAACCUUAUGGCCCAUGCCAAUGGGACCUGCAAUGUGGACAUGCAGGUCAUCAGGAAUGGAACCAAAGUUGUUAGAUCAUUCAAGCCUGACUUUGUCCUCAUCCGACAACACGCAUUCAGCAUGGCAGAAAAUGAGGAUUUCCGCAACUUGAUCAUUGGCCUGCAGUAUGCUGGGAUCCCCAGCAUGAACUCCCUGGAGUCCAUUUUUAACCUCUGUGACAAGCCCUGGGCGUUUGCUCAGUUGAUUAGUUGCUACAAGAAGCUUGGCCCAGAGAAAUUUCCACUGAUUGAACAAACCUUCUACCCCAACUAUAAAGACAUGAUAACCAUGCCCACAUUCCCUGUUGUUGUGAAGAUUGGACAUGCUCAUUCAGGCAUGGGAAAGGUGAAGGUGGACAACCACAGUGACUUCCAGGACAUUGCCAGUGUGGUUGCCAUCACCCAGACCUACUGCACCACGGAGCCAUUCAUAGACUCCAAAUACGAUAUCAGGAUUCAGAAGAUAGGCACCAAUUACAAAGCUUACAUGAGAACCUCCAUCUCUGGAAACUGGAAGACAAAUACGGGUUCUGCCAUGCUGGAACAAGUAGCCAUGACAGACAAAUAUAAGCUGUGGGUGGACACCUGCUCAGAGAUCUUUGGUGGGCUUGAGAUCUGUGCAGUCAAAGCUAUCCAUGGCAAGGAUGGGAAGGACUACAUCACUGAGGUGGUGGGAUCAUCAAUGCAGCUGAUUGGAGAGCACCAGGCUGAGGAUAGACAGCUCAUUGCUGACAUGGUGGUGGCCAGAAUGAACCAGGCACUGCCACGGACACCUGUCCGCUCUCCCCAGAGGCCAACCACUGUUCAGCCACCACAGAGCAACAUCCAAAAGGAAGGCCUGACUGACCCCAGCAAGAUUCCUGCCCAGCGCCCCCCACCACAAGGGGGCUCAGGACAACCCCAAGAUUCGCAAUGUCACAGUCAGGAGCCUCCGUCAGAGCCAGCUCCAGAGCCCACACCCCCACCCCAGGGGGCCCCCGCCCCGACCACCCAGCAGCCCCAGGCCCAGCCCCAGGGGGCCCCCGCACCAGGCAAGCCUGCAGGCCAGCCAUCCAAGCAGCCCCCUCCCAAACCACUCCCCCCCGUCCGCCAGAGCUCCAAACCCCGUAUUCAGCCCAAGCCCCAGACUCCGCCCCUCCCAGUCAAGGCCCAGCCUAAGCCCCAACCAGAGCCUCAGGCUGAAGCCCAGGUCCCGCCCCAAGCCCAAGCCCCCCCCCCUGACUCCGCCCAAACCGAAGCCAAACCUCUUCCUGAGGGGCAGCAGUCAGCACAGCAGAAGGCCCAGCCUCAUCCGCAGCUGAAUAAGUCGCAGUCCCUGACCAACGCCUUCAGCGCCUUCAGUGACACGUCCUUCUUCCGCUCCAGCAACGAGGACGAAGCCAAAGCGGAGACCAUUCGAAACUUGCGAAAGUCUUUUGCCAGCCUGUUCUCUGACUAGAUGCCAGGCCUUCAGGUUUUGGAAUAGUGAAUGGCUUGGUCCACUUUAAGUCUUUUUCUGGGUGUCAAAAUGAAUUAUAUGUCAACUGUAUAGAUCCUACUCUCCCACUUGUUCUGUUCCAUGCCUGAUUGUCUAUUAAGCAAUAUUAAGUACUGUAUGCUGUAAUAGUUCUGGUGACAGACACACCAGUGGUUCAAGUCCAAGUGUACUCAGGCUGGUAGAGGGCAUCAUUUCACAUGAUGAUGCAGUGAAAUCUGACAGUGACGGGUUCAGCAGGGGAAAUCAGGAGAAAUAUGUGUCCACUUCUGCUUUGCUAUUGUAGCCUUAUUGUGACCGUGUAUUUUCACAGACAAGUAUCUGCAAUUGGUAACCCUGGUUCUACUCUUUAUGUGCGUGCAUGUGUGUGUGAGAGUGCGUGUGUGCGUGCGUGUGUAUGUAUGUACCUAGAGACUGAUUUGUCAGUAAGAUAUUUUCAAAAUGGUCACCACUUUCGCUGUCAUUUCAGAUCACUGCUUCUUGUGCUUGCAACUAAUCUUGGUGUGCAGCACCUGCCAAUGUGUCAACUUACCCAUGACUGCUGAAAACCCAUCGCUCUGUUUUAUGUAGAACUUUAAACGUGCUGUGUACUGCUCUGUACGUGCCAUCUCUGGAGUUUAGUGUUUAGUGUUUUACUUUCUUGGUUUUUUUUGGCCUUAUAUUGUUCAGUUUGUAUUGUGUAUUAUUUGUACCCAAUGCUGCUUUGCAUGAUCUAGUGACAAUUGUUUACUAUACCGCUGUCAAUAAACACAUUGCACAUCA